CUUAUAUUUUGCAAAAACAAAGAUUUUAAACAAUUUUUAAUGUAAUUAAAAAACCACGGUAAGUCAAGGCUCAUAUCACGAUAAGUCAUCCUUUUCACGAGUCUAAUACAGCGAUACAGGAUAAUCAAGAAACAAAUAUAAGAAUAAAACAGGAUAAUAAUCAAGUUCAAAGAGCAAAUAUGGCUAAAACAUCUUUAGAAUUGCAAGCACCAUUACAAAACAUUGGUAAAGUGAAAUUUGAUACUCCUAAAGUUCCUGUAAUAUUUAUUUUAGGAGGUCCAGGUAGUGGAAAAGUAACCCAUUGUGAUACCCUAACACAAGAAAAGAAAGGCUUAAUACAUAUAAACAUGAUGGAUUUAUUACAGCAAUAUGCCAUCGGAAAUGAUAUGCAAGAUUUCUCACAACUUGCAUCAAAAACUGUGACCGAAGUCCUGAUGCUGGAAAUGAAAAUGUCUCCCCAAGCCAAAGCAUACCUAAUAUCAGGCUAUCCUAGGUCUAUGAGAGAUGUAGUUGAAUACUCAGAAAAGAUACAAAUUGUAAAUGGAGUUAUUUUAAUAUCAUGGAGGCAAGCCGUUUUACAAAAACAAAUUGACUACGGAGCAAAACUAGGACACGUUGUGCUAUCGUUAGCAAAAAUGGAGUUAGAAAAUUUUUUUAAACAUGUGAUGCCUGUAGCUGAUUACUUUGAUCAGAGCUCAAUGUUGAUUGCGGUCAAUGGUGAACGUACUCCGUCUGAAGUGUAUCAAGAUUUUCGAAUAGCUGUUUUUGAUAUUUUGAAUCAACAAGAAGAUCAAGAAGCUUUACUAAACGGAGUGGCUGGAAUUGGAAAUGGCGAGCACAAUAUUCCAGGAAGCAUUGUUAGUGUAGAUACUGCACCGAUUCGUAAAGAUAGUACUAGUUUUCUAGUAGCUGAACGUUAUAAUGAAAAUGCUUCUAAACAAACUUCAAACACGAUGAGAAAUACAAAAAACAAAGACUCGGUUAACAUGAAUUACGUGCCAAACUCCCUAUGCGAGCAGGCAGUUAUUUUAUCAAAUCAUUCUAAAGUUCCACACAUCAUUUGGGUAAUUGGUGGUCCUGGAAGCAAUAAGGCAACAUUGUGUUUAAAAGCAGUCGGUAUAAAUCCAGGAUGGGGACACAUAAGUAUCGGCCGUCUUCUACGAGCUAUUUCAGAAUCUGAGGUGAAACCGUUUACAGAAGAAUUUGAUGUCAAAGAAGCUUUAGCAAACGGAGAAAUGGUAAAAAAAUAUACGCUAGACAAAUUGAUCGAGAAGCAACUCAAAUAUUUAAGUGGUAAAAUAGGAGUUAUUAUAGAUGGUUAUCCACGAGAUAUAACACAAGCAAACUAUUUUGAGUCAAGAUAUAAGCAAAAGCCCCCAAUUGUUUUACUGGAUUGCUCAAAACUUCAAUUAGGAAGAGGACGCAUAGAUGACACCGUAUCAUCAUUCAGACGUAGAUUGGAACUUUUCAGAGAAUCAACCUUGCCUAUGCUGAAACAUAUGGACACAUCUGGACGUCUAACUAUUGUUGAUGGAGAUACAGACAGUCCAAUAGUGCAACGUGAAUUUGAGCGGAUCAUUCGGCAAAAAAUUGACAUGAUUAUGGAAAACGAGCGGAUACAAAAUGAAAAUAACCAUACGAAAGGCAGCUUCUCGGGGUUCGGAAAAUUUCGAGAUCAAAUAAAAAAUUGAAGAAGUAUUUACAGAAACAAAUAAAAUAUAAAAUACUUCAAUGUAAGAAUCAAAUACAAAAAAAAAAUCAAUUUAUCGUACAUAGUUUAAUAAAGCAACUUGAUGAGUAGCA